CAGGGGAGGCAGAGUCACAGUGAGAGUGUCGGCUUGGUGUUCAACGCUUUUUCUGUUAUGGGAGUGGGCCCCUUCACUACCACUACGGGAAAUGUCUCUGACAUGUUUGGAACAGAGAUCACCCCGUCAGGCUGGACCUUCAGCAUUUGGAGCGUCAUCUAUGUGUGGUUGACACUCAUGAUUAUCUACAUUCUGACUAACCUUUGCAGAAAAAAUUCUUAUGGCUAUGUUUACUGCUGUCCACCAGUCCUGCCCUAUGGAUUCUUCAUUUGCUGGUGUCUCAAUAUGUGGUUCAAUAUUGCCUGGCUGCUUGUUUGGGACAGAGUGUGGAUGAUUGCUGCCCUUGUUUUUCUAAUUUUGGUUGUUGGCACAAACUGUGGCAUGACAUAUUUUGCCUGUUAUGGUCUUUACGUCUAUGGAGCAUGGCUCAACAAGUACCACAACAUGGACCUGUGGCUCAUUCGCAUACUGGUACAGAAUGGUGUGAUGAUCUACACAACAUGGACGACCAUUGCUAUGCUCAUCAACUUGGCCAUUGUGUUGACCUAUGAAGCAAACGUUUCCCCAACAAAUGCUGCCACCAUGUCCUAUUGUGCCUUGACGGUAGUGCUGCUUGUUUGGUUUUUCCUUCAAAACGUCAUCCUGGACAAGCACAUGCGCUACAUCUUCAUUGACUACCCAGUUAUAAUCUGGGCACUAGCAGGAAACUUUGAUAAAAACUACAAUGCUGAAUCGCUCACCCUAAGUGCCAUUUUUAUUGUUGUGCUACUAGUGGUGGCAUCAAUCCUGUAUGCUGUACGUCUUGUCCUCUUGUUUUGGCGCCACUGCAACCAGCCGUUCUUCAAAGGCGUCAGCCCUGAGGCCAUGGAUCCAAUGGAGAUUUCCCAGCAGCUAAAAUGGAUACUCAGAUGAACACUCAUGUGAUGUCACUUAAAUUGUGGGUGCAGUGUGAUGUAUGUAUUACAAUAAGUUAAUAAUUUACACAAGGUGACUAAUUUUAUUAUAAGUGUUUGUAUAUGUUAGUAUCCCUGUUGUGUCUGUUAGUAUAUCUGUUUGGUUACUGACUGAUUUCAACCUUUGACAGUGCCUCCAAGGCGAUUAUUAUUAUUACAUCACAGACCUUAUUUGUAAAGUUCUUGAUGACAUUCAAGUCAUGUCAACAUUGCUUGUGGUUGUACUGUAUAUUUAUCAGGAAAUAAAGUUUUGUAUG